AUGUUUUUGCUCAGCUUGGUGAUUCUGAUGUUCUCAGCCCAUGUUGCUGACGGUGCACCAGAGAAGCCGAAAAGGUCGGCUUUGAAUCAGCUCACGCGGAUGCUUCUGAGAAAAUAUGACUGUGGAGUUCGACCUGUCCACAACUGGACCACGACCACCACCGUCUUCAUAGAUCUCAUUCUCCAGUCUGUCCUGGAUGUGGACUCAAAGACACAGAGCAUCACUGCAAGUAUUUGGUACAGACAGAUAUGGACAGAUGAGUUCCUGGUUUGGGACCCGGAGGAAUUUGACGGCAUAAAUGAGAUCUCACUGUCAUCUGACGCCAUCUGGAUACCUGAUAUUAUUGUUAGGGAGAUUGUCGAUGAGGGCAAGUCCCCUCCCAUCCCUUAUGUUUACGUCAACUCCUCAGGCUCGGUGAAGCACUACCGACCCAUGCAGGUGGUUCUGGCCUGCAACUUGGAGAUGUAUGCGUUUCCUUUUGACAAGCAGAACUGCAGCCUCACCUUCCGCAGCUGGCUGCACUCAGUGAAGGAAAUUGACCUGGGCUUGUGGAGGAGUGCUGAAGCCAUCACCAGCGAUAAGAAGGAGUUCAUGAACGACGGCGAAUGGGAGCUGCUGUCUAUUCCGUCAAGCUACUGGCACGUGCACCAAGACAACAUGGGCUACGCCCACAUCCAGUUCAACGUGUUGAUCAGACGGCGCCCCCUGCUGUACGUGGUGGGUCUCCUCAUCCCCAGCAUCUUCCUCAUGCUGGUGGAUGUCAUCAGCUUCUGUCUGCCUCUGAACAGCGGCACUCGAAUCACCUUUAAAAUCAGCAUCCUGCUGGGCUACACUGUCUUCAGGGUUAACCUGACGGAUGAGCUGCCGGUCACUGCAGUCCAGACGCCGCUCAUAGGAGUGUUUUUCGCCGUGUGCAUGGCCAUGCUGAUGCUCAGUCUGAUCAAGUCCAUCCUGGUGGUGAAGCUGCUGCACCACAGUGAGAAAGAGGUCAGACAAAUGUCGGUGUCGGCCUGCCUGCUGGACAAGUACGGCUCAGCGGGUCACGACUUCCCUGAGAGCGUGCUGACCUCCAUCAAAACCCUCGACCAGUCUGGAGAUUUUGAGCUGGACCCUUCCUUGGACCAUGAUCUGCUGUCUCUGGAUGACCUGCAUGACCCCGGCCCCUCUGGGCUGGAGUGGCUGCACCAGGAGCUGGUGUCUCUCCGUGAAGCCUUCUCCCAGGAGGACAGCGAGUCUUCGGCACAAGGGGAGUGGUUGGCCCUCUGCUCAAAACUGGACCGCUUUCUCUUCCGCUUUUAUCUGCUGGUUCUUGGCCUGUACACCUCCACUCUAGUGCUGCUGUGGGCCAGUUGGAGCUUCGCCUGA